UUUGCCACGAUGACGGUCUGCGAGAAUUCGAAAAAGCAUUCAUAUGCCCUGCAUGUGAAACCACUCUCUCUGGUAAAUAUGACAUAGUUAAAGUUGAUCUCAAUCCAACAGAGCAAUACAAAUCGAUGGUUCUUGCUGGUCAAAGGCCUGAAAUCAUAUUUGAAAUAUGUUCUAGAGCUAUUUCUUUCUGGACAUACCAGGUACACCAAGAAAUCAUGUUUCAGGAAUAUAUCUCAGCCAAAGUAAAAGAAAGAUCUCAUCAACUAGAGAAGCAUUAUGAUAAUAUAUUUCAAAAAACUAGAAAUGAACUCGAAAAUGUUCGGCAGCAGUUAGAAGGUACACGGUGUGAGCUGGAAGUAUCAAAAAAGAGAACUGCUGAAUUAUCUGAAAAACUUAAGGAGCGGAUAAGGCAGCACGAAAAAUUACAAUAUCUUCAUGAAGCAUUAAAGCGAAAAUUUAUUUCUCCCUCUUUUUUUGAAAAGCAAACCAGUCAGCAAAAAAUAUCCAAAAAAGUUCACGAUCCUUUUAUGAUUUCUACAGCUUCUGAAAUUAUAUGCCCUCAAGGAGAAAAGAAAAGUCGCCACAGCAAGAGUAGUAAAAAAACGCAAUAUAUUACUCAAGUAGAAAAAGAAUUCAUUUUAAAGCCGGUUGCAACUCCAAAAGAUGAUUUAGCAGCUCAAGAAUUAUGGAAUUUUACAUCAUCAUCAGAUAGAAUGUCCGCACCAGUUUAAAAUGGAUAUAAUUCUGUACUCAAUAUAAUUGUUUUUAAUAAAGGCUUCUUUAUUCUAUA